AUGGCGGGCUUCACGCUCGAGGAAAAUUUUGUGUCAAUCGUUAGUCUGUCUUUUACUUUUUUGGAAGCUUUAGUGGCGAUAGUUUUUGCAUUUGUCGUUUGUCGAAAGCUACCAUCAUUGGAGAAAUGGAUAAUUACGUGGCUAGUUUAUGAUGUGCUGACCCAUUUUACGCUGGUAGGGUGGUAUAUGGUGUCACCUUCGUCGACUGGAGGGUUCGAUUUUUCAUUCGCACCCCUACCCCUUACUUAAGAUUGCUCUAAUCCGAACCAUCAAUUUUUUCCGGCGCCCUUUGAAAAAUGAAAUCCAGAAGGGUUAAUUUUUCGUCGGCAACUUUGAAAAGAUAUCCUAAGGGUCCAGAUCCUUGCAGAAAAAAAAUCGAGGGGGUGUGGGUAAAAAAUGGAAUGUCCCAGCAGGUGGUGCAAAGAUCUGAUCGGAAAACAGCAGACUGAAUCGUAAAAAUUCGUAUACUUAAAAGCAGUUUACUUCAAUCUCUAUUAAUGCCUCUUGAUCCUGUAUAGACUAAUUCUCUCCUUGUUUUGCAAGAAAAUGCGAGCCUAUUAGUAAGGAGAAUCUAGUAAUUUAUCAAAAGUGAUCAUUUAGGGUGGGUGUUGUGCACGGGAAUUAAAAUCUAAAUUUCACGGUUAACGGUAAUUAAAACAGACUUUUUACAAAUCACGCAAACUUUAGCGUUUGAUUUUAUUUGUCGCCCAUAUAGUAUUGCAAAACUGAGGUGUCGACUAUAAUUUUUGAGUUAUGCAUACACAAGAAAUAAUUGUUUUCACGUCCUAAAAUACUAAAUUUACACAGGGCUCCUGAUUUACAAUAAUUCACAACUGCAUGCCGUACUCUACACAAGCAGAACUGGUUACACUUUAUUUUUGCAAUCCUUUAGUGUAGUGCAUAUGUGCAAGAACAAUAUCCAGUACUUUUAUAGGUCUCAUAGGGCAGUGACACAGACUACACAAUACACUGUUCACUCUUGUGGCCAGACAACUCUGAUCAUUCGACCUCUACUUGUCUGUAUGCCACAGAGAAAGGUCAUUUCAUCUUCAUCAUUCCUCAGGUCUUCCCUGACAUAAGAAUCUGUGUAAUAUUCUUGCACUUCUUUGGAGUCAUCCUGUUGAUCAUGUGGCUGCAUGUCAGAAGCUGUAGUUUCUAUAUCAUCUGGAAAAUGUUGAGUAGGGGAAACUACUUUUUCUGCUGGUGUAUAUGAGGAAUGGUACAUAAUGAGAGGAAGUGUCGCGGCCUUAAACUUGACUUGACCUUGAUAUAUCAAGUUCCUUGAAAGUUUACAUUGAAAUUAUAUUUCACGAAAAAAAUUAGCUAAUUAUAGACCAUGGUCACGAAUGUCAAGAAAUAAAUUAGUUAUUUCAUGAAUCACGGGAUUACUUUUGUUCACGCAUCACGGAAAUUCUUUCGUUCAUGAUUCACGGCGAUUAAAAAUAGGCGUUCACGGUUCACGGUAAAACCCCUUUCCGACCCUCUCUUUAGUAGCUCCUGAUGAUAGUCAAUAAUCAAAAGUGCAAUUUUUUUUUUCAGGAAGGACCUUUUGUUUAUUUCUCACUUGUUGGUUCUGUCAAUAAUACAAACCACAUCUUAGCUGAAGUGUGUAAGUGAAGAAAUAAAAAAAACCCAAAGCAUUAAAAUUUUCCUUAUGAUAUCAGUGUACUUGGUGUGUUCAAUAAAAAGGACACAAAGAUUUGUUUGGCUGAAUAUGAGAUGAGAUGAUUGAAGGGAUCCCUGUCUAGAUUCUUCGAUAUAAUUUGCUUAAAGGCAUUAGAAGGGAUAGAAUACUAAUGGUAUGCGUGAGAGCAUUAUCGAGUGCAUGCACUAGGGACGGGGGGGGGGGGGUACUUUAGGAUUUUUUGGGUGAGGAUGUGCCUCCAGGACCCUGGAACCCUUAGCCUAUACCAGAGCUAGUUCAGCUGAAUUUUGCUAUCCUGUACUGGACUAAACUUCCCAAAUUCCCCCUAUCCUAAAGUAGCAGUUUUCCAGAAACUACUGAGGUCACUAGCAUAUAGUCCAGCCAAAGCAAAACCGAUUUGACUUUUUUAAAUAUAUUUUUGAGUGGCAAUUCCCAGUCUCAUUAGUCUAGACUAAGAUCUACAACCAAUUUAUUAUUGAUUUAUUGAUACCCAAUUCUAGACCCAAACUCUCUGAUUUAUUUACCCCAUCCCAUAGUAAACUGCUUGAAAACCAUACCCUUCACAGCGGUACAUACUUAAAAAGCCCAUAUGAGGCAGUACCCCCCUGGGACUAAGACAUAUAUAAAUAACUCUGCGAAGACUUUUCUAAAAAAACAUUCUAUUCAAUAAGUAGUUUUCCAUAGCACUGGGGAUUGUAAAACCUUUUAUCUCUUUAUAAUUGGACUUCUAGUUCAUUUUUGUGAAACAAGCAAAAUUAUAAGUAUGUGAAAUUUUGUUUACUGAAGCCAAGAAAGUGUUACUUAACAUUUUUUCAGUAAGCAAAAGCCUAAUUUGUUUCCACUUUCAACACACUAUUGAAUUUAUAUGGCGAUUCACAAAACUAUUUUUGUCUAACGACCUGUUCAGUUGAUCGCCACAGUAUUCAAGAUUUUAAAUACUGUGAAUCGAACUCAGAAAAACGUGGACACCUGAAAAAUUCCAGGAAUGUUGAUUGUGUACUGGCCAAUCACAAUAAAGUUCAGGAUACGCAAGCAAACCUCAAAACCGCAAAUUAAUUACCUUUGCUGUUUGCAGUUUUGCUAUCUGGUGCCUCAUUGGCUUAUUUCUCGCAACACGAUAACAUUCCAUAAAUAUUUCUGGUGUUCACAGUUUCAUGAGUUUCACAGUAAUAGUGCGUUGAAAGUGGAAACAAAUUAGGUUUUUUUCUUUUGCUUACUGAAAUAAAGCAAAAUCAUAGCAUUAGAUGAAGAAUCACUUUUUAAUUGUCAAUCCAUGGAUGCUUUCAAUAGUUUCUUAAUCUCUACUACAUGGUUUUCAGGGAAAGAAUAUGGCAAGGCAGAUUCAAGGUGGCUUUAUUCAGACCCAACAAUUGUUUCUUUAGAGAUUCUUACAGUUGUUAUCACAGGACCUCUUGCCCUGAUGUUAAUUUAUGCCAUUUACUUCAACAAACAUUACAGGUAAAAUAUUGCUUUGAUUUUAUGUCAUUGCCAAGGCUAUGUCUCAGGAAAAUUGAAGGGCUGUGGGGCUGUCAUUAGAAGCUGGCAUUUUUGCUGGCUACUGCAGUAAAAUCAGCCUGCUACUUUCAGUUUGAAAAUGAAUGAAAAAUAACAAAUAUAGGAGCAUCUGAAUUGAAAUACCGUAAAAUUCUGAAAACAUAUUUUUCAAAGGCCCUUUUUGAGGGGCUUAUUUUGGGAGAGGCUUAUAUUCGGAGGAGCCUAUCUACGGAGGGAAAUUUGCAUUUCAAAAUCUAUUGGGCUUGCCUUCAAGUUGGAAGUAAAUUUAUCGUUUUUGCUUUGUUUUACUUUGCAUUUGAGGGCAAUUUUCUAAGAACAAGUCCCUGAGGGGAGGGGGGCUUAUAUUUGGAGGGGCGAUGUCAUGGAGGGUUUUUUACGUUACUGGUUUGGGGGCUUAUAUUUGGAGGGGCUUAUUUUUGGAAUUUUACAGUAUAUGAAAUGAAUCAUAUUUUGAACUGGUGAAAAAGCAGUCAAGCCGGAAUUUUUUCAGGUCCUUUUUCAACCACUUGGUUUGUUCAUUCAACUGCGAAGAUCAUGUUCACUUUCAUAGGAGGAUUUUUGGCAUAAAUGACUAGCUACUUAAUUCCCUGAGAGACCAGCCACUUUAAAACCUUAAUGAAACCCUUGAGAGCUGCUUGACACUGAAAUGCAAAAUUAAAUAUAAUUUAUUCAUGCUAAUAGACCAAUUUCAAUAUUAUUAUAAUUCAGACUUGGCAUCAAGGCUUUGGGGAACAAAACAAAAGAAAUGAUCUUGAGGCUUAGCAAUGAAUAAUACUAACAUUAAUUUCUUUUGUUCAGGGUUCCUACAGAUUUUUUGAUCCAAAAUUCAAAACUUUUUCCAGCCUUUUUUCCAAAACAAUAAUUUCUUUUUCCAGACUAGGUGAUCAAUAGAGACCUUUAAAAAUGCAGGAAUAAAGCUCCUUUCAUCAUACAGUUGAGACUGAAUAAGAUUUGACCAAAACAAAACAAAAAAUCACUUAUAAAUUUGUUGUAGCUUUGAAAAAAAAAAAAAAACUCAAGACUUUUUACCAUUUUCCAGACUUUAUUUCCAUUUUCCAGACUUUUCAAGACUUUUUCAAGAAUUCAAGACUCUGUUAGAACCCUGUUUAUUUUAUUCCCCCCAGCAGAGCCAAGUAUGAAAUUUAACAUAUCGAAAUAAACGGUUUAUUCUCUGUGUUAUUUCAACAGGCAUUUUGUGCAGAUAACACUAUGUGUUUGUGAGCUGUAUGGAGGUAUGACUGCAUUAUGCUAUUUAUCAUUUGCCCUCUUAAUGGAAGUAGGUGUUAUUGAAAGAAAAGUGUUUUCAAGUGCUUUGAAAUAAUGAUUAUUUCUUGGUUAAAUUGUUGAACGUUAAACCCUAAACCAUUGAUGUUGCACCUCCCCUGAAAACUUGUAAGGUCACAACCAAUAUAAUCAGAUGUUCAGAUUAUUGUAUUGUUGAUUAGCAAUAUUCACUAAAAAAGGGAAAUUAUUAGGGACAUCCAUGACCAUGGGUCACUGCAGUCCAUGGACAGUUGUUAGGUGGGUUUUGAGUAAUUAUGUACCAUUUAUUGGCCUGCGUUACAAACAAAAUUAAAGUUCUGGUCAAAUUAGCCUGUGAAAACAUUCGUUUCUCCGCACCCUUCGCCGCUGGGAUGUUUCACAUGGAGGAACGUCUGCGACUCAGCGACAGAAAUUCCAUACUGAUGAUGCAAAUCAAUGUUUACAUAAUAAAUCUGGUAGUCAUGGGGUUCCAAAUAUAAAUUUGUCCAUUUAACGAGUGUUAUGGUCGAUUUUGGUAAAGUGUUGUGUUCAUCUGCCAACAAGCUCCAGUAAAACUCAAAAGCUUCUUCUAGAAAAGACUAUAUUCCACAAAUAUUGACUGUUUUGCCGGAGAUUGUUCGCGUUUACAUUUGAACCUUGUGGCCUUUUAUCUUUCAUUCGUAAACAAUAGCUAAAACAAUGUAACUACUCCAUUGACCAAUCAGCGCUUCUGACCGGAUUCUGGACAGAUUUUACGUCAUCAGUAUGGAAUUUCUGUUGCUGAGUCGCAGAUGUUCCUCUACGCGAAACGUCCCCACCCCCACCCCCCUUGAGUAUGCACCAUGGCCAGCCUGUUAAAAAAGCCAAUCUCGAUUUACUAAUCUGUUUAAAGGGAAAUAUGAAAUGCACUUUUGGAAAUUUGAGUCCUUUGGGGGCCAGAGCAAGGAUCUUGGCACUGCCUUGCAGACAUUGCUAGCCCAGAUAGAUAACAUCCGUGAAGGCUAGUGCCACAUAGGUCUCCAAAUUGUUUAAGAAAACAAAAUUGCAUUCGAAGUGCAAAUACUUUAUAUUUUUAGCUAUGUUGAUUGGAAAUUCUUUGUCCCAAAGUUGCUUUUGAAUAUUUUUGUGAUAAAACAAUAAUUGUUUUAUCUAAAACAGAAUAAGUUAUUUAUUCUGUUUUAAAUAUGAAUAUCUUUAAACAGGCUGGAUGACAUUUUGUCCUGAAUGGCUAGUUGGAAGCCCAAGCUUGGAUACAAGUUUUCCUCUUUACCUCUGGUUAUAUUUAGUAUUUUUCAACGGCCUCUGGGUUAUAUUUCCUCUUCUGUUACUAUGGCACUCUUGGAAAGAGCUGAAAGUAAAGCACAAGUCUAUGACAACAACCACCACAACCUCUAAAAAGAAGAAAAAAUAA